AUUGGAGUUUUAGAGGUUAUAUUUUCUGAUUUUGCAUAAUUUCUCCAGUUUAUCAUUUACAUUUCAAGCUAUUCAACAAGAAGAAGAAGAAAAACGUGAAAUUUAUAGAAGCAUGCAAUACAUGGAAAAUAAAUUGAAUAAUUAAUAUUUGAAACUUAAAUAAACUAUUAUUUCAUUAUGUGUCAUUAUUAUGGAAAUAUUCUUUUCCUUUGAGUUGAACAUUGACAAUUGAUUAUAAAAGUUUAUUAAUUAUAAUUAAAAUUAAUUUAAUAAAACUUAAGGUUGUCUGAAGUGUCUUAAAUAAACUAGGCAUGACUAUUCAUGAUUUAAUUGAUAAAAUAAUUUAGUAUCACCAUUAAAGUACAGUGUUUUGGAGUAUUAUUUUUAACUGGGAAAAGAUUAUUAAAAUUACUGAAAUUCGCAGUAAAUUUUAAUCUAUUACCCGGAAACUCGAUGAUUCUACAUCAAGUGAUGAGUAACAAACUUUGUUGAGCUAAAUAAUAUCGAAUCUCAUAAAAUGGUAAGCAAAUUGCCACAAGAAUUCCGAAGAUAUCAACGAAACCGCAAUCGUCUGCGAAAUAUUUUCCAAGAAACUCAAAGUACAUUGGAAAUUAUCAAUCAUGAAAACUUCUUUCCAGAUGAAAAUAUUAUGGAUGAAUUACUACCCUCCUUGACCCUGGAUCGUCUUACUUACAUUCUGGACAAUCACCCAGCGAUUGUAAUAUCAGGCCAAGACUGUAAGUCAAAAGCAACAUUAGUCAAUCGUUGUUUAGGCCUAGAUGUAAUGCCACUAGCAGAUGGUAAUUGGCGAUGGAUUAAAUUUAGUUACAGUCAUACUAAUAAUGUGAGUGUGACUUUAGGAUUGGAAUACGAAGUUGUGGAAACAAUUCAAAUAAAUGAAAAAACAUGGGAGACACUUUCGAUGGAAGAUUUAAUUCGACCUACUAAUGAAGAUCCCAAUUGUCCUACAAUUCUAGAUGUUAAACUUGAUCGACCGAUGUUGAAAGAAGGAGUACAAAUUUUUGUGGUACCUGACAUAGCAGCAAUUCGAACUCUUGCAAAAGGAGUUUUAGGAAUUCUUCCAAUUUUUUUAUAUGCAUUGAGUGAUUAUCCUUUAAAUGAAGAAAAUACUAAAGAACUGAGAGAACUUAAAGAAACCUAUCCAUACCAUCCUGUACUAUUCGUUUCUUCUUUGGCAAAGAUUAUAUUUGAUAAUAUUGAUGAAGAUUUGACAGAAUCAGAGCAACAUCGAUUGCAAAGUCAGGUUGAGAAAGAAAAAAAUCAUGUUUUAGAAUUGGAAGAAAAAGAAGAUGAAGGUUUGAAUCUCGAAAAAAUGAAUUCUCUAGGUUUAACUUGGUUCGAUCAAUUAGGGAGUCUUGGUUUUUUACAAAUAGAUGAAUCGGAUGAUGAUCAAAUGCCUUGGUUGAACGGUGGAAAAUAUAUUAAUUCAAAUGAUUUUAUUGAAUCUUGUGAAAGAAUGGAUCGAAUUUUGCAAUUUACUCGCAGUUGUCUCCAGACUUAUCUCGUUAAUGCAAGUAAUUAUCUCAAUGGAGUUCAGACAAAUGCACUUCGAAAGUUUAUUUUGAGUGCUUACGAUAUGGCGAGAGAAAUACAGAUAACACCAAAGAGAAUUCAGUAUGCACAGCAAAAAGAAAGUGAGUUGUACACGAGUUUAAUGAAUAUUGUCAAUCAAAACCAAGAUGAAUUGACUGAAUUAAUACGAAAAAUAAUUCAAGAAAUGAAAGAUAAUUGGUCUUUAACAGCAGAUGAGAAUCAAGAUCAAAAUUAUACAUUUAAUGUUGAAGUUCAAAGACAGGUAUUGAGGAAACUAAGUGAAAAAGUGGCACGACAAUUAGUUACAUCUGUCAAUUGUUUGCGAGAAACAUUUGUCGGUACUUUACAACGUUGUUUAUUAGAAUUAGAAAAAAGUUACGAUCAUGACUCGAAUCUUUUAGCAAGUGAUGCAUUGAAACAAAUUUUAACUGCUGCUUAUAAUGUCGAACUUCACAAUUCAUCUCCAUCAUUGAUACAUUCAUUUUUGGAACGACUGAGACAACUGUUUAAAUCAUUACCUCUUCCCUGGUCAUCAACGCCAACUUUAGAUGCUACUUGGAAGAAAAAAGUGGUUUUAGAUGUAUUAAAUUCUCUCUGUCCUGUAAGAUUAGCCAAAACAAUUUCUAUGCAAUUUCGAGAUAAGAUAAAGUCAUCCCAUGAUGUGUUUCAUGCAGCUCUGAGGUCAUUGGAGAAUCAUUAUUCUGGGAAAUUAGAAAGAACUGAAGAACAAAAAGUAGCGAUUAGAAAAAUUCAUGCUCCUAAAUUAGCUAAAUUAUCAUUAGAGUCAACGUCAAUGAGUGAUAAAGUUCGCUUUGGUAUUCCUCAUCAAGGCAAAGAAAUAGGAAGAGGACAGUAUGGAGUAGUUUUUGCAUGUGAUGGUUGGGGAGGUGCUCCAGGUCCAUGUGCAGUUAAGUCAGUUAUACCUCCAGAUGAAAGGCAUUGGAAUGAUUUAGCUAUGGAAUUUUAUUAUACAAGAUCCAUUCCCGAUCACAAGAGAAUAGUUAAACUCCGUGGCUCUAUAAUUGAUGAUACUUACGGUGGUGUUCAUGGUGCUGGAGCAGCUGUAUUAUUAAUAACAGAUCGUCUUAGUCGUGAUUUAUAUUGUGGACUACGAGCAGGACUAUCUUGGAUUGUGAGAAUUCAAAUAGCUAUAGAUGUACUUGAAGGAAUUCGAUAUUUACACUCGCAAGGAUUACUUCAUCGUGAUAUUAAAUUAAAAAAUGUUUUAUUAGAUACUGAAAAUCGUGCUAAAUUAACAGAUCUUGGAUUUUGUAUUACUGAAGCUAUGAUGUCUGGUAGCGUUGUUGGAACUCCAGUUCAUAUGGCGCCAGAACUUCUUUCUGGUCAUUAUGAUAGUAGUGUUGAUGUUUAUGCUUUUGGCAUCUUAUUUUGGUAUAUUUGUGCUGGACACACCAAGAUGCCUAAUGCUUUCGAACAAUUUCAUAAUAAAGAACAAUUAUGGACUAAUGUUAGAAAAGGCCUUCGUCCAGAACGUCUGCCAAGUUUUGAUGAUGAAUGUUGGCAACUCAUGGAGCAAUGUUGGGCAGGGGAGCCAUCAAAGCGACCACUUCUUGGUGCAAUUUUACCAGUUCUAGAGGCUAUUCGUAACAAAGCGGAUCUAGGCAAGUCUUUGGCAGAGCCUGAUGUAAACAGACAGCAAGGUUCUUCUUCAUCGUCUUAUGAAACUAUGAAAAAUCCGGCUUUAGCCCUUGCUGAACCGAAUAAUCAGAGGGGGGCAACUUCUAGUCCUCAUCUGAGACGUAGGACUUUUAGAGCACUCAAGUAUCCAACUCUACACUUGACUAAUUUAUUUCAAGCAAGCGUGUGCUCGAAUCUCUACGUUCAAAUGCGCGAAUAUUAAACGACAAUACUCAACAUUACUUUGUAAUGGUAUUUGUGAUUAAUAAGACUGCUAAGAGAGAAUGAGAAUAAUUUUUCAAAUAAUUGUCUUGAUUUUAGAAUUCAGCUUUUUCAUUAGUACUAAUACAUUAUCAUUAUAUAUCAUUUUUAAUACCCCCCUUUUUUUGUUUCUUUUAAUACAUUUAAUUGUAAUAAUUAAUGAUGUUAAACUUGUGAGAGAUAACUAAUCGUAUUUUUUAAUAUUUACUGAUUAAUCUCAUACAUUCAAUACACAUAAAGUAUCACGAAAAUUCUCGUUACGGGUCCACAGAAAUGUCAUUUAACUCAAUGUACAUUUAAAAUUAAAAAAAUUGAUCAUCUACAACUCGUGAUAACCAGAUUAACAAUUACUCUACUGGCCUUAUUAUAGAAAAAAAUAUUUAAUUAAUGUUUGAUAUUAUUAUUGAGUACAUUUAUAUUAUUUAUUACCCACGCUUGUAGUUUUGUAUCAAUUUUUGUAAAGGUACGACGCUAUGAACGAGUCGUUAAAAUAUAUUUGUAGAAAAAUGUUUCUUUUUUAAAAUUAAUUAUACAUUGUUGAAAAUAAAUAAUAUAUAAAAUGAUAAUAUUAAUUAAACAGUUUAACAAACUGAGCAUGACUUUUUGUUUUUUUUUGUAAUAUGCAUACUAAAUUAAUUUUAUCUAA